AUGCCCAAGCGGGGUCUUUUUUGCUGCAUCCCUGCGUGCGGGCAGUCAUUUGACACCGAUGUUGGGCUUGAGGUCCACCAGGACUCAUGCUCCGCUUACUCGGAGGUCGAUGAUGAACUUGGCGAUCUCCCUCAGCUCGUACAGGCGGAAGAGGACAGGCGGAAGCGUCGCAGGCACGAAGAGCUAGAGUCAUCGGUCAAGGAUGCCACUCCCCCUCUCGACCCCGUCAUGCCCGAUCUCGAGACUACACCUCCGACCCCAUCUGCGGUUCCUGCUCCUCCAUCUCCUGUCCUUGGGCGCGGUAAACGUGUUAAGCGCUUCACAUACAAGAUUCUCGAAAUGCUUCCCCAACCACCCAUACCCGUAGCCGCGCCAGACAUGCCUGCGACUCUCGACCCGACACUUCCUGAGGCACUGGCACGCGAACCAUUCACCUGGCAGUCAAUUCGCUCCAGUAUGAAUAUAUUCGGUCUGUUCCGCGAUUACGCCUCUCGGCCGACAUUCACUCCCGACGAUACGUCUUCGCUCGAAGAUCUUGCCGAUGCAUCUGUACAGCCACAUGCCCCCGACGGGGAAGUGACUGUCGCCCCAUCUUCCACGCGCGUACCUUGGUUUCCCUUUGCGAACCUCUCCAUCUUUCUUAUCAUAUCGUGGCUUUUCACGGGCUCGAAUAAGAAGAGCUUGGCGGAGGCAGAUCGUCUCAUCGAUGUUCUUCAGACACCAGGCUUCUCCGUCGACGACCUUACUGGCUUCAGCGCAAAGCGAGAAGCUACGGCUUUUGACGAGUACCUCAAGGAGCAGUCCCAAGGAGAGUCCGCCGCUUCGGAUCUACUAUCCGAAGAUGGCUGGAAGGAGACUGUGGUCCCCAUCGAAGUUCCUGAUGGUCUCCUUCACCGCCCUGGCACGAGCGACCCUUCCGUUCCCAUUUACCCUGUUCCAGGCCUCGUGUAUCGGUCCAUUACCUCUGUCAUCCGGAACGUCUGGACAAGCCCCGCCGCAAGUCACUUCCAUCUCACGCCGUUUCGCCAGUACUGGCAACGUACACCAGAUGCGGCCGAACGCGUGCACGGGGAGCUCUUUGCUAGUGACGCCUUCGCUCAGGUGCACGAAGAAGUUCAGAACCUUCCCGCCAAGGAUGGCUGCACACUCGAGCGCGUCGUCUGUGCGCUCAUGUUCUGGUCCGACGCCACACAUCUCGCCAGCUUCGGUAGCGCCUCACUCUGGCCCAUCUAUCUUUUCUUUGGCAACGAGUCCAAGUACCGUCGUGCGUCCAUGCGCACACACUCGUGUCAUCACAUUGCAUAUCUACCAAAGCUGCCCGACGCAUUCUUUGACUGGUACGAAACGCUUGCCAGCGGCCGUAAACUUUCGGAUGAGCUCCUCACCCACCUUCGCUCGCAACUUAUGCAUGCCAUCUGGGCGCUCUUGCUCGACGAGGAGUUUAUGGAUGCGUAUGUCAACGGCAUUGUCAUCGACUGCCCUGACGGCAAGCAGCGGCGCGUGUUCCCGCGAUUGUUCACUUACUCGGCAGAUUACCCGGAGAAGGUCUUAUUGGCUACCAUUCGCAACAUGGGCAAAUGUCCGUGCCCACGCUGUGCGGUCGCGAAGGAGAAGAUAGGGGAUCUCGGGAUGGAGCGCGAUGAUGCGCGCCGUGCACGCGACGCCCGUACAGAUAACCACGCGUACCAGUACGAUGUACGAGCUGCCCAUUCCGCAGUGUAUGAGCGCGGGAAACCUAUCCGUGGAGUGGAUGUGGAAGGAGCGCUUGGCGCACAAUCGUAUGUUCCUACCAAGGUGAGCAUGCAGAGCGCCUUCAUGUGUAUGAUCUUACCUGAUCGGCUGUCCGCUGGCACUCAGAAUGCAUUCUCGGUGCUCCAGAUUCCCGGCAUCAUCGCGUUCAACUUCUUCUCGAUGCUUGUUGUGGAUCUUAUGCAUGAGUUCGAAUUGGGUGUCUUCAAGAAUGUGUUCAUCCAGCUUAUGCGCAUCCUGAAUGUCGUCUCUGAUGCCGCCCUUCAUACCAUGAAUCGUCGUUUUCGCCUUAUCCCGGUCUUUGGUCGUGGCACUAUACGGCGCUUCGCCAAUGACGUGUCCCAGAUGAAAAAGCUGGCCGCUCGAGAUUGGGAGGAUAUUAUGUUGUGUGCGCUCCCAGUACUCGAGGGUCUUUUCCCAGAUACGUUUGAUCCUGUCGUACAAGAUCUGGUGUUCUCGCUGUGCUAUUGGCAUGCGCUCGCGAAGCUGCGCAUGCAUACAGACUCAACCAUCAAUCUCCUCCGUGGCGCCACAAAGACCCUCGGCACUACGAUCCGGCUCUGGGCUAAGCGCGGCAGUACCUUUCCCACAAAGGAACUACCGCGCGAGGCCGAGCUGCGAGGGAAACGCCGCUCGAAGAAAGCCCGCCGCUCUUCCAAACCCGCCUCUGCUCCGCCGGCCGGCCCGCCGCCCGCCGCCAAAGCCAAGACGUUCAACCUGCUUACUUACAAGCUGCAUGCUCUCGGUGACUAUGUGCGGACCAUCCUCUGGUUUGGGACCACAGACUCUUACUCAACGCAACGGGGAGAGCUGGAGCACCGACGCCCGAAGGCCUUCUAUGCACGCACGAACAAAAACCGAGCGACAAUCCAAAUCAGUCAGCUGGAGCUGCGUCAGCGCGCGCUUCGGCGCAUGGCCGGGAAGGUGGUACCAACUUUGCAGCGCAGGACUACCCUCAUAAAGGGUCGGAAGCGCGCGCACGCUGUCCUCGAUUUCGACGAGCAGGAACCUCUGCCCGUCACAUCUCCAGAGAUGCACCAUCACAUCUCUCACGCGCAACGCUUCCCGGUCAAUCUCCCAGCCUGGCUCCGCGAGUGUAAAGAUGACCCCUUGACCGUGGACUUCUACGGGCGGCUGCAAGAUCAUCUUCUCGAGCGCCUCCUGGAUCCUGAUUGUGCCACCGAUGACUGCCGCUACUCCACGGAGGAGCGGGUGCGCGUUUUCAUCCAGAGCGACCGCAUCUAUCUUCAUAAAGUACUUCGCAUCAACUAUACGACCUACGAUGUGCGUCGCGCCCAAGAUUCGCUCAAUCCCCGGCUGGGCGCUCAUAUCAUGACGCCUACCCGCCCGUGGGACAACCUCGAUCAUCCUUUCUCCUACGCCCGCAUCCUCGGUAUCGCACACGUCAACGUCUCGCUCCGCUCUUCCACCGACACCGCAUUUACUGCUCCGGCAUCGACACAGCUAAAAGAGGUUCUCUGGGUGCGCUGGUUCCGCCAUGAUUCGCGCCGCAAGAGCGGUUUCAAGAGCCGCCGGCUACCACGACUGCAAUUGGUCGAAGAGGACUGUGCCUACGCGUACGGAUUUCUGGACCCGGACGAUGUUAUUCGCGGAUCACAUCUGAUCCCGGCGUUUGCAUUCGGCAAGCGCGAAGACGGCGAGUGGCAGUACCACUACGUGAACAUUUUUGUUGAUCGGGACAUGUUCAUGCGUUACACGGGACUCGGUGUCGGCCACAACUAUCGUACCACUCUACCUGAGGGCGAACUUGAUGGCGCCGAGGACGGGUCUGAGUUGGAUCGCGACGAAGAGGAUGAUGCCGUGGCCAUCGUCGCCUCUGCGGACGCGCCUGCCGGUGAUCACGGGCACUCGGACGAGUCGGAUAGUGAUGGUAGCGUUGACGAGGACGACGAGGACGGGGACGGGGAACAGGAUGGGCCCGAUGACAUCGGGCUCGACCUAGGGCCCGAGGACGGUGAGGAUGCCGCGGCGUAUGAUUUUGACGAUGGCUGGGUCGGUUACGAUGAUCCGUAA